GCGUUUUCCUUCGUUGUGCCUAAAAAUAACAUCUCGUCAGACUGUUUUUGAGUAGGAAACUAAUCGUCAAUUUGACGAGACAGCCGAGAAGAAUGGCGUCCAAGUAUUAUGAUAUGAGUUAUGGAGAUGAAAAAGAGAUCGCCCUUGUACCCAGGAAAGAAGUAUAUCUGGCUCGAUAUGACGAGAAUGGCGUACUACGUCUGUUUCACCAUACCCACGAUGACACAGUGAAGGAGCGAGUGGCGAGGAUCAUCCACGACGGUUUGAUGGAGAUGUGGGAUGUGGAGCAGCUGUUCGACUUGCAGGUCAUCAUUCAGGAGAAGGUGUUUCUGUGUCACCGAGUAGUAAUGGCGUCUUUGUCUGGCUACUUCCGGUCCCUCCUUGUCUCCGGCAUGGACUUGGACGGGAAAGGUCAAGCUGCGGUGAGCCUUGACCCCAAGUACGUCACCCCCAAAGCCUUUAAGCUUCUGCUUCAGCUCUUCUACAAGGGCAAGGACGUCAUUCGCCCCAACACUGCUAUGGAAAUCCUCAACGCAGCCACCUAUCUUCAGAUAAUUGUAGUAGAGUAUCGCUGUGUAGACAUCCUCGCCAGGGAUUUGGGAGAAAGGUCGUGCCUCAAACUCUGGGAGUGGGCCGACAACCACAACAGCCAGGCGCUGGCUCUACGAGCCCGGAACGUCGCUCUGGCCAAGUUCCAGAUUAUUCGACAGACAGAAGAUUUCCUGAAGCUUUCUCCAGCUCACGUGACCACCUUGCUCGGUCAUGAUAGCCUCGCGUUUCGUUAUGAUGAUGAAUUGUUGGAAGCUAUCUUGGACUGGGUAGGCUACUCUCGCGAGGAAAGGCGCAAGUACUUGAAAGAUUUGCUUCCCUUUGUGUGUUUUCCUUACCUGUCCACCAAAUACGUCAACGAGCUGCGCAACAACGACCUGAUUGGUCUGAAAACUGAGUUUGGCUCCUUUCUAGACGAGGCGCUGACGUUCCACCUGGCUGGCCUGCAGAAGGACGGACGUCGGAUCCAGAUGGACAUCUUGGCGCGUCAGUCGCAGACCGUCAAGCGUCUGAUGCCCACCAUGCGGCGCGUCAUGGUGCUGCUGGGGGGCUGUGUGGUGCAGCAGGCGCCGUUGACCAACGUCAUGGCCGGCUACCUAGAUGGCGCUUACUACUCCAAGGGUCUGUGGAUCUACGCCAUCGCCUCGCUGCCCCACGACGUCGGCCUCCACUUUGCGUCGUCAGUCUCGAAAAACGACAUCUACAUCAGCGGCGGGUCAAGAGCUCCCUACACGUUCGCUAUGUACGUGACCAAUGAAAACACGUGGCGUGACCUAGGUCGCCUGCCUCGGGGACGUCAGGGGCACGCCAUGGUGCACGUGGAUGGCCGCUUCUACCUCUUGGGUGGACGGGACGUGAAUGGGGAGGAUGGGAAGCAGCUGGUGCCAGAAAUAAGUAUGUACGACGUGGAGGGCAGCUCGUGGGCGGAAGUGGGACGCCUGGAGGUACCAGUGGAAGGGGCUCCUGCUGUUGCUCUGGGAGACAAGAUUUUUGUCUUUGGAGGAAAGAACGAGAAAGGAGAGAGUGUGAGUGUAGUUCAAUGUCUUGACAUCAAGUCCAAGGAGGUGUGUCUGAUUGCCGUGCUGCCCCACCCUGUGGACAACGCACGCGCUGUGGUGGUGGGAAAGGAAAUCGUCUUGGUCUGUCCAGAGGGCAUGAUCUACAAAAUCCGGGUAAGCAGUGCCGCUGCUGGCUCCGAAUUCAGCCGCCAGGAGUCUCAUGAAGGAGGAGACCCUCUGCCGUCAAUCGAAUGUCUGGGACUGGCGAGCGCCGUAGCUUCUGCCAACACAGGAGACAGAAAGCCACGUGACUGUUCUUUUCACCAGAAGGCGCUCCUGAUGCAGAAGCCUCAUCUUGACCUUUCAUCCCGGCCACCAGAGUCCAGUUCACAGGUCCCGGAAAACGCAGACCAAGACGCUGAAGAAGUGGAUGUCACGUGGUUAGACGACCAUUCCAAACUGUUUCUCGAGAAAAUCUAUGUUCCCAAGGGCGGUGAAGCAGACGCAGAUCAUUGUGGCGACGAUGAUAAUAAUGGAGACCACGAGGGCCAAGCUUUCGACAAACACUUCGAAGGCGAUGUAAGCGAAUUUGACUAUCGUUGUGAUGUGGAUUCAAAGAAAUUCCACAUUGACGACGAAGAUCCUCACCACCACGACCAGAUUGGCAAGUCUGGAGACGAAUACAACGAAGAUGAAGCUGCAGAAGAUGACAUCGGGGGAUAUGAUGAACCAGACGUUACGGAUGACAAAUAUGGCGGAAAGGAGGCGAGAGAGGAGGUGGGAAGUAAAGAAGAACUCUUAGUCUGCAGCGACGACGAAGAAGAAGAAGAACAGGAGGACGAGAAAGAAAGCAAGGUACAUCUGGAACAGCGAAAGCAGCAGUGCACAGAGGUCGCCGUAGAGUCCCUAGAACGUUCGGAGACAACAGACGCGGACGCCGCGCGGCGCACGGCAAACGCCGCCACGAUGCCGCAAGCUGUCCGUCCCAUCUCCAUGCACAUCCAUCGCCUGACGACGAUGAAGAAGCGGCAAGACUUCGCCAUCUUCGCCCGCAAGGCCGACGUCUACGUGGUCGGCGGUCAGGCCGAGAACGGCAACUUCCUCGACGACAUUCUUCUGGUGCACGUGCACUCAGGUCACAUGUGCGAGUUCGAAGGUCGUCUCACCAUCCCUAUGUCGUGCAUGCAGGCCGAGAUUACGACCAUCCCUUACUACUAUCUCGCCCAGUUCUUUGACGCUGCCAGCUGUUUCUAUGGAGACAACUAGACAAUAUACCGCCGCUGGUGACAUUUAGUUGUCCGAUGGUUUUGUUUUCGAGUUGCUUUAGAUGCUCGAGGAAAGCGUUUUUAAAUACAAAAUAUCUUGGCAUUUCAGCAGGAUUUCGAUGUUAUGUUGAAUUCUUCGCUUGAAAAAUACCUGUAAAAAUGUUUAUAUGAGAUUUGUGUACAAGGAAGUGUGAAUACAUUUCAUGUCAUGAAGUGUGUGGUUUUUUUUUUUGGUUUUGUUUGUUUUGUUUUUUUUGUUUGUUUUUUUUUUUGUACGAAGGUGUCAUCAUGGGCCGUACUGGCCAUGUCUGAAUACCGUUGCCAUAGAAAUUCUAGUAAAGUUGAAGUGUAUAGUCUGAGUUUUCUUUCUUGCAGACACUUGUUAGGGCUUUGAGGCCAAUGUUUGUUUUAAAACUCCAUUCUGUUUUUGUAUGUACUACUGGACUGUAUUUGUAUUUUAUAUCUUUAUGUUUAUAGACAAUCACGCUGGAACAUAAUUAAUAAUAUAUUAUGAUGUAAAUAUUUCAAUAUCACACCAUUUGUACUACACAAUAACAUUUUUUAUGCAAAUUUUUGGAAACUACCAACAUAUUUUUCUAAAGGGUCUUGAUGACGUGUUGAUUCUAGUGUUUAGUUCUUUAGUGUAGUUCAUAAACUGUUUCGAGUAUGAUUUUAAUAACAGAAAGGAUUGCUUCGAAAGGUUAGAGACUAGGAUAAGUUAUACAGGUAGCUGCUGUAUCAGUUGUACCUCUGGUUAUGUGUCUUAAAAAAAAACAAAACUUUCCAUAGUAGUUUCAUAUGCGUAGGGCCGCUUUGUUGUCUUGUAACGAAAGAAUUUAAUCGUUUCGAGAAUUAUGUAUACGUUUAUUUAUUUGUACCUCACAAAUGGCGAAAAAUACAUUUCAAUCUUUUGCAGUAAGUCUUGAUAUUUGAUGGUAAUAUUUCAAAGUUUAUUUGUUUUUUUUGUUUUUGGUUAUUUGUUCAUUUGUAUUGUUUUUGGGGUUUUUUUUGGUGGUGGGGGGGGGGAGGGGAAUCUGUAAAACUUUUAAAAUUUGCUUGUACAUGCUCACGGAGUACAAUAAAUUUCCAAUAAAAAAGUUCAUCCUACUAGUCCACCACCUGUUUGUGUCGACUGAAACAACUUGUACAGAUGUAGUUACAGGACGUUUCAGCCUGACCGAGCACAAAAAUAUGUCAUCACCUAGGAGACUGCCAAUCACAAACGUCAGUUGACGGCGGUGACAGUUCCACGCCAUUGAUGUUUGAAUGCACUACGUAGCCAAGCAACGCAAUCAUGCGUGUCCAGUCCAUGACCAGCAGUCAAGCGUGUCUAGCUCAUGUGUGAAGGUCGAGCAGAUGGCGGAUCUGUACAAGAGUGAAGGAAGAAGUGUGGGGACAAGCUCAAUAUCUCAGAAUGACUGGUGACCAUUUGGUCUGCAAAGUCCUACAUUCAGGUGUUAACUGAAGUGGCGGCUGAUACCUGGAUCUUCAUCGGUGUACCCCUACUCUGGUAUGCCUUGCUUUCGGCUGACAUCGGUGUUCUCCUGGUUCUGGACUGGUGUCUUGAGUCUAACCUUUAAUUGUUGAUGUGUAUUCUGUGUGUAACUACACGUUGACAAGUUUCAUAUAAUGGCAGUAACAUUUAGUCUGUACAUAAAAUCGUGUAUAUGUAUCAUAUGUAUCUUAAACUUAAGCAGCAGCAUACAAAAAUUAAAAUGUCGCUUUUGUUUUUGUUUUUCCUUUAGGAGGAGACAAACUGAUUUCAAAUGCGAUUCUCUCUUGUCUUCAUUGCUGUUAUUGUCUCCCUUACUUGACCUGUACAAACAAAUGUGUGCUGAUUUUUUUCUGAAAUAAACAGAUUUAAUACGUUGUUCCGUACACGGA